GUUUGAUGUCUUGUUUAGGAUACCUAGUCUUUGUUUUGUGCAAACGAAGCAGAAGAAAAGAAAGUGUGAGGCCAAGUCCUGAAUGUUCCACUGAGAACUUUCUGGGUUUUAAAAUUUUCAUCUUUCUGUAUGCUGAAUUACGUGGUAGCGUAGUAAUCCAACGAAUCCCCGUUGCUCGCAAUCCUUUACGGGCCGCAUCUACUGUAAAUUCAGUCCACGCCCGCGCCUAGGCCCAUAGAUAGAUCCAGGUCUUUUCCUCCAGACCAGGACUACCGGCCUUAAUCACUCGUUUCUUUGUCGGUUUUUUGAGGUUCUUUGUUCAACAUCCAUUCGUUUCUGUCCUACAAGCUCCUCUCUCGUUACCGGCGGCGUGCGGUCAUUAGCUGUUUCUUUUGCUUUUGCGGAUUCUUGCGAAAAACAGCAACCGAGCUCCGGAUUCGCCACACCCCGUCUCCUACGAUACACGGAAAGUUAAUUGAACCACGAGACGACGACGGCACGACAACCACUCUCUUUGGGUAAACAGAAGCCGACAACGAGGCUCCCACAUUCGUGGUAGAAUUAUUCACAGGUCAACAUUGGUUCAUCCGAAGAUCUCGUGAAGCUUUUAAAAGUUCGGACAAAGCUCUCACAUCAGACCUCAAUUCACGAUUGAUUGGCCUCGGCUUGCCACUGAAGCCUAGACCCAGGGCAACCUGUACUAUCGUCUGGGUUCGCCUCUCACAGCCGCCCUUCGUGGGCCCAAAGUCGACCGGCAUGGAGUACAUAGAAAGAAGGGCAAUGGCGCUGCUGUCUAGGGACGACGACGACCCAGCCUCCCAGCUGCUGAAGCUUCUUCAAGACCCUUUCAACAAUAUUCUGCAAGUACGAUCAGUUUGGUCAUCGCUUGCCUUCUCCGUCUCCAUCUGUGCGGGCAUCGCCUUGCUAUUCUCCUUCAUCCGCCCAUACAAUACCGUCGUCUACGCCCCCAAAUUGAAGCAUGCCGACGAAUCAAAGGCGCCCCCUCCGCUGGGCAAGGGAAUCUUUGCCUGGAUGGUACCGUUAUGGACCACCGACGAGAAGGAACUGAUUCGCCUGGUGGGCAUGGACGCGGCACUUUUCUUGCGGUUCCUCAGGAUGUGCCGAAACAUGUUCUUUGUCCUCGCCGUUGUCUCAUGUGCCGUGGUUAUCCCCACCAACAACAACAAGAGCGGCGAUAGGGACAACCCAGAUGUCGACUGGCUGAUGAAGAUCACCCCGCGUAACGUGUCUGGAGAGAUUCAAUGGGUAACUGUGUUUGUCUCUUACUUCUCGACUUUUACCGUCUGCGGUUUCUUGUGGUGGAACUAUAGGAAGGUUCUCCACAUGCGUCGGGAGUACUUCCAGAGCGAAGAGUUCCAGAACAGCUUGCACUCACGGACGUUGAUGAUGUAUGAUAUUCCGAAAGGCAUGGCCAGCGACGAGGGUAUUGCCAGGAUCAUCGACGGAAUCGCACCCAAUUCGUCCUUCUCCAGGACUGCUAUCGCUCGAAAUGUCAAGAUUCUACCCGAGCUCAUCAAGGAGCACGAAAAGGCUGUGCGAAAGCUGGAAGAGGUUCUGGCCAAGUACCUCAAGGACCCCAAGAAUCUGCCUCCGAAUAGGCCAGUCUGUGAGCCAUCGAAGAAGGACCGGUCGUAUGGAACUUACCCGAAGGGACAAAAGGUCGAUGCCAUCGACUACCUGACCCAACGGAUCAAGGAUCUCGAGAUUGAGAUCAAGGAGGUCCGUCUCAGCGUCGACAAGAGAAACACCAUGGGAUAUGGAUUUGCUUCGUACUCGGAUAUCAGCGAAGCCCACGCGAUUGCUUACGCCGCAACCAAGAAGAAGCCGCUAGGUGGAGCCAUUAUCACGCUGGCCCCUCGGCCGAACGAUAUCAUUUGGGACAAUAUGCCUCUAAACAGUUCAACCAGAUCGCGCAAGCGAUUCAUCGUUACGUUCUGGAUUGCUGUCCUUACCUUUCUCUGGAUUGCCCCGAACGCCGGAAUCGCUAUGUUCCUUGUCAACUUGAGUAAUCUGGGCACUCUCUGGAAGGCUUUCGGACAGAGUCUGGCUGAUAACAAGACCUUCUGGAGUUUGGUCCAGGGUAUUCUCAACCCAGCCCUUACUUCUCUUGUCUAUCUCGUUCUGCCCAUAAUUUUCCGUCGCCUGAUGAUGCGGGCAGGUGAUCAGACAAAAUCUGGAAGAGAGCGACACGUCGUGGCGAAGCUUUACUCUUUCUUUGUUUUCAACAACCUGAUCAUCUUUUCUCUUUUCAGCUCCUUGUUUGCCUUCAUCUCCAGCUUGGUCAAGCAGGUCAACAACGGUACCGAUGCUGGCCAAGCUAUCCUCAAACAAAAGCUCGGCCAUGCCCUUUUGAUUUCACUUUGCAACAUUUCUCCCUUCUGGGUGACGUGGCUCCUUCAGAGGCAAUUGGGUGCUGCCAUCGACCUUGCACAGCUUUGGCCCUUGAUUUACAGCUUCUUUAGGCGCAAGUUCUCUAGCCCCACUCCUCGCGAGAUGAUUGAGCUUACCGCACCACCUCCCAUCGACUAUGCGAGCUACUACAACUACUUCCUCUACUACGCCACCAUUGCACUGGCUUACGCAGUCAUUCAGCCAUUGGUUCUUCCGGCAGCUGCUCUGUACUUCAUUAUCGAUGUGGCACUGAAGAAGUACCUCUUACUGUACGUCUUUGUCACCAAGACCGAGUCGGGUGGUAUGGUCUGGCGCGUGCUUUUCAAUCGUUUGGUCUUUGCAACCAUUUUGGGCCAACUGGUCGUCUUCCUUACUGUCUGGGUCCGCGGAGAUGGAGAAAUCGAAGCCGGUACUCCAAAAACCCAGGCCUAUGCUGUGGCGCCACUCCCAUUUAUUAUGAUCAUCUUUAAGAUCUAUUGUGCCAAGGUCUUUGACACAAAGAUUAAAUACUUCUCAACCACGUUCGUUACAGCCGGCGAUCCCGAGGCCGGCAUGCCCGUUGGCAAGGAAAGUCAUCGCAACGAUCGUCUGGCGGCUCGCUUUGGUCACCCAGCAUUGUACAAGCCUCUCAUCACUCCCAUGGUUCACGCCAAGGCGCAAAACAUACUGGCCUCGGUGUACCAAGGUCGCCUCUCAGAUGGAAGGGAGGCCGGUACCGGCGAUACCAUGUCCACUUCGGGAUACUCGGAUACUUUUAAUCUUGGGCCGAUGCAUGCUGGGAAGCCCGGCAAAUCAGCUUCGGCCAUGCCUGGAUUUGAGGUGGUGCCUGAGUCCAAACUAGAUUUCGAAUACUACAAGAAUCGGGAUGAGUUUUCGCAGGAGCAUGGUGGCGGGGACAUCUUUAACACUAGACCUGGAACACCAAGCCUCCCAAGCGGCCCUGACUCCAGACCAGGCACGCCAGUGGGUGGAAUGACUGGUCGUCGUCAGUUCUCCGGGGCGCAUGGCAUGCGUCCAUCCGCUGACCCGUACGCCCGCGCCGGAUCACCUGGGCCGGCUGGGUAUUCGGCAUUCUCUCCACCAGCACCGUCACAUGGAAACAGCUAUUCAGGCCAGGUUUCGCCCUACGGCAUGGCCCCGACCCCAUACGGGCCGCCGUCGGCAGGCUUUGACACGUCGCGCACGAGGUCGCCCCUAUAUGGGAUAGGCAUCUCUGCAAACGAGAGCGGUUCCAACCUCGUGGGCAACGCGGCUGGGAUGCCAACAUCAAGGCCUCCACCUGUGCGUUCCAGCUCGCCCGACACCCCCGGGUCGACGGCCCCCGGCAUGUUGGGAGGUGGACCGUACGGAUACGGUAACCUUCCUCAAGAUGACCAUCAGGAUCCUAUGAGUUAUGACUACUUUAGAGGUGGGAACAGCGCUAGACGCCGCUGAGAUGUUGUUAUUUUAUCAUUUGGACUAGGUUUGGGGUGGUUUUUAUUUUCCAAAAAAGAAAAUGCAACUCAUUUUUUUUUUUAAAAACGUAGAAUUUUCAUGGUUUGGCGGGGGCUAUAUCAUCAGCGGUUGUCUUUUUUAAUAGAAAGCCAAGGAGAAAUCUGGCUCCAUUUACUUGACUAAAGUACCCUUCUUGUCUCUCCUUUUCCACCCUUUGGACAUGGUUCUGUCAUUUUCACAUGCGAAAACGAUUUCUACAGGAACUUUACGAUUUGGGUCUUGUCCGAUCACAUUUGUCUGCUGGACUCAUCGCAUAUCACAAUUGUAAUGCUCGCAUAACCGGGGCGUCUUGAAUCUAGUCAAAUUUUCAAAACAAAGCACUUGGU